UAAGAGGAGAAAUGUCUUCAGGGGGCUGAUGGGCUCUGAUUGGUUUGUUAAGAGCGCGGACGAAAGGAGGGUGGAUGGUGGUUUGAGGAGGAGCCGUCGGUGGUCGGAUUGCGGGUGUGAGGGGUGCGUUUCAUGGCAGGGGAAGGGCGAAGAGAGGCUUCACUUUGUCGUGCGAGAGGAGCCGGCUCAAGGUUUCUGCUUAUGUGCAAGAGGGAUGGUUGUGCAGGAACAAGCCAACCUUGUGGGAAGAGCUCAACUGAAAAUGUCAUCUUUUUGCAUGGUUUUCUUUCUUCUUCCUCAUUUUGGGUUGAAACAGUUUUCCCCAAUCUCUCUGCACCUGCAAACUCCAACCUUAGAAUUUUCGCGGUUGAUCUACUGGGUUUCGGUAAAAGCCCAAAGCCAACCAAUUGUUUAUACACAUUACAAGCACAUACAGAACAAAUCGAGAAAUCUGUCCUCGAGACGUUUCAACUAAAUACUUUCCACUUAGUUGCACAUUCAAUGGGAUGCACAAUCGCAAUUUCCUUAGCUGCAAAGCAUCCAGAGUCUGUAAAAUCAAUAACCUUAACUGCACCACCAUACUUCCCUUCAACAGAAGAGGAAGCGAGUUAUACUGCUCUCAAUAGACUAGCUGAAAGAAAAGUUUGGCCACCGUUGGUUUUUGGGUCAUCAAUUAUGUCGUGGUAUGAACAUUUGGGUCGAACUAUUUGCUUCUUUAUUUGCAGAAAUCACCUGAAAUGGGAGUGGAUUAUGAAACUGGUCACUAGGAAAAAGGAUGUACAUUUUAAGAUUGCAGAUUUAACAAUGCACACUCAUCAUUCAGCCUGGCACACAAUGCACAAUGUGUUAUGUGGAGGAGCAAAGUUGUUAGAUAAUUACUUCGAAAUUUUGAAGAGAGAAGAGAUUCUAGUGAAGUUAAUACAUGGUGCAAAUGAUGGGGUGAUUCCUUUAGAAUGUAGCUACAACAUCAAGUUGAAAGUUCCUCUUGCGGAACUUCAAAUCAUCCAUAACGCAGAUCAUAUUAGUGUUAUUCAAGGUAGGGAGGAGGAGUUUACAAAAGAACUUGAAGACUUCUGGUUUUCUUCUGCAAAACGUGAGGUGUCAAAAUAUGGAUCUAGUAAAAUAAUGAAAUCAUUGUGAUCUUUUGUUUCUAAUGUUUGUCUGCGAGAAUUUUUAACAAAUACAUAAGUUUUUGGAGAGAAUUUAACGGUAAACUUUAUUGUAUCAUAGUGUUGUCAUAAACAUACGCAAGACAUUUUAAAUGUCAAUAAGUUUGAGGAUAUAAACUUGUUAUGAUCGCAUAUUUG